GGCAAAAGGAAAACUUAUGUGUGAAGGAAGGCCUGCAUCGGGAGUGAAAGUCAAAUUAAUGGAAUCUGACAAUAGUUUCCUGCCGGGAUUUCUUGACAGAGAUGAUAAGAUGGCAUCAGGAAAGGCUGACUCAAAUGGAGAAUUCAAUUUGAGUGGAUCUACCAAGGAAAUCACCGGAAUCGAGCCAUAUUUGGCUGUUUUCCAUGAUUGUAAGGACGGAAUUACGCCGUGCCAAAGAGUCCUCCGCAUCAAUAUUCCAAAAUCUUACGCCAACUGGGGAAGUUCUGCAGAGAAAACAUUUAAUGCUGGAAAUCUCGAACUUGCUGGAAAGUUUCCAGGAGAAACUAGAAGUUGUUUCAAUUGA